AUGGUGCGGUUAGAAUGUGUCUAUUUGAUGAACAUCGCUCUGUACAUAAACUCCCCGCACACUGCAAAGAUUUUUCAUCUCGUGAACAAGACGUGUUAUUUAGCACUCCACUCUCUCCGCACCAACCCGACCUUUUUUCAGGGUUCACCAACGUACCCGCUGCUACAAUCACCACAGAUCGGCGCGGUUUGCCGCCUCAUCGAGAACAUUGAGACGCUCGAAAUGGAUUUGUACUCUUUCCGCGUAGUUGAACCAGAGGUCUUUAACAAGCCGUAUUACAAAAUUACCAUUUCGGGGUUGCUCGAGGAUGUCGACUAUAAAAACCUUCAACGUAUCGAGUCCCGAGUCAUAUGGUAUCGUGGCCCUUCUUCGGCUGUAUCCGUGAAAAUGACUUCUCUUCGGACGCUUCACCUUACCGACACAACCCAACUUCGCCGAGUUUUAUCGCUUCUUCCCUUCCUUCGGUAUGCCAGAACAAUUACUAUGACAUGUGGAGAGAAUGACGCGGAACGCGAAGUUAUCGCUUUAGUCGAAAAUUUGUGUAAAAACGUUUUAGUUAAAAUACGAAACGUUCGAAAGGAUGUGUUGGGAAAAGUUCCUGUCUGUGGGAUAGGUGUUGUAGGUAGUGGAAAAGGGGUGAUCAAUCUUCCUGAUUUUGAUAAAACAUAUCACUACAGUCUCAAGGCCUUGAAACCAACGGCUUUAAAGCGAUUGUAUCAACGGUAUUUACCAUUGCAAAUAGCGUUUGAAGCCAGUGAAAAAGAACAAGAGAUUGAAAAGGAAAUAGACUCGGAUUUGAGUCAAAUGACAACUCUCAAAUCACUCCAACUUAAAUCGGUGAAUGGGACGCUUCACGUUCCAAGUUCGUUGGAGUGCAUCACCGUGCGGUCGUCGAAUGUGAUUUUGGAUGGGCUCCAGGAGUGCUACUUAAGUCGUCUCGUUCUGGAAAAGUCGAUCACGCCCUUUCCGUUUAAUUUAAAAUUAACUAUUAAGGAGCUAAGGAUUAAUGACAUCCACUUGACAACAAUCUCAAACUUUUCAGAUCUUCAACUUGUCAAUCUCGCACUUAUCAACUGCAAAUCUCAGAACGUCAUUUCACUCCCAUCUACACUGAGAACACUCGAACUCGAAAAUUGCACAUUCCCAGUCAAUAUCAACGACGAGGUCCUAUCUCUGUCCCUCGAUACUUACACGGCUUCAUCACAUUUUACGUUUCCAAGAGCUUUAACCCGACUUGAAAUUGGAAACUCGGACGCUGUGCCAGAAACCCAAAGAUGCAACGUGAUGGAUCUCAAAUUGUUCGAGUGCGAGAACUUUAAAAUGCAGUCGGUGCCUCUCUCCGUUAAGUACUUCGGCCUCUUCGACUCGAUCAACUCGCCGAAGAAAAUCGACAUGUCGGACCACUUUUUUGCAAAUGUGACACUCUCAUUGUGCCCUAAAAUCCAAAACUUGAUUCCACCCUAUUGUGUGACAGAGUUACACAUUGAGUCUUGUCAUGCACUGACUUUCAUCGAUUUUAAAGUGGCCGGACAACUCGAACUGCUCUUUUUAAAUGACUUGAGAGAGUUGAAGAGAGUCGAGGGAAUCCCCAAAACGCUGCGGUUCAUCAAAAUUAAUCGGUGUCACUCGUUGACGGAAAUAGUCGGAAUAGACACCCUCAAAGAGUUGCCAGUGUUCAUGAAAGAGGAGUGCGGACGAGUCGUACAGUCGAAUUUGGACAAGGACGGACAGUCGUUUUCUUCGUCGACGUCUGAAAUGUAA